AUGAUUGUAAAAUGCGAAGAAGGAGAAGACAAUCAGAAAUCUCAUUUUGACUUAAAAUAUCUAUAUAACAUAUUCCCUAAGCAUGGAGUAUCAAAGUUCCAAAUUUAUAACAUCGAAACAAAAUCAAAAAAGCAGAUCUUAAUUGAAACUUUAACUCCAAUGAGCCUAGUUCCAUGCAUAGUUCUUCUCCCACACUCUGAACUAUUUUGCUUUGGGAAAUAUAUAGAAAAUAAAGAAAUUGGCGCUUUUACCUAUCCAAGAAGACAAACAGAGAUAAAUUCUUCUGGGAUGAUUUGCAUAAUUGAUCUAAAAACUUAUAAAAUAAAAAGAAAAUUGCCAAACAACAGUAUACACAACUCUAAUAUCGGUGCUAUGUACCACAACAAUUGUGUCUUUGCAUUUGGAGGAUAUAAUGGGAAUGAUUUUUUGGCUAAUGCAGAGAAAUUUGAUUUGCUUAAAAAUAGAUGAAUUAAGCUUCCUCAAAUUCCAGAAAAAUCAACAUUUUGUUCAUGCAUAGCUUUAAAAGAUUCUGCUUUAAUUUGUGGGAAAGAACAUGAAAAUCUAUUUAAAUACGAUUUUUUUACUAAUAGCUAUUCAGAAAUUCCUGGUAUGAGGCUAAAUCGAUAUGAAGCAAAGAUGCUGGUUUCAUCAGGAUUAAGAUUAUACAUAAUUGAGUCAGUUGGAAGAAUUUGACAAAGCGAAGAAGGGAAUGAAUACAGCUGAAAUGUUGUUUGUCUAACAAUUUUAAAAUUGCAUUUUAAUUAUUACUUUUACACAUAUUAUGAAGGCUCGUUUUUUAUUAGCACAAAUUAUCAAGAUGAUGCUAUGUAUUACAAGUUUGAUUUAAAUGAAAAAAAGUUUGGAUUACUAUAA